UAUUUUUGUAAACAUUUAUAGAAUAAGAUUUAAAAAUGAUUGUUACAGUAAAUAUAUGUAUAUUUUUAUUAUUAAUAGCCAAUGUACAUACAUGGACUAUUGGUGGUAUUUUAUCGAGUAUUGGAAAAACUUUUGUUGAUAAUACGGCAUGUAAAUUACAUGAAUGUUGUAAUUCCGAAUAUAUUCCUCAAAAUAUGAACAAGCUUAGAGAUAACUUGAAGGUUUCGCUUUACGGUCAACAUAUAGUCCAAGAAAUUUUAUUUAAUGCUCUGCAUGAUCAUAUUACGAAUGAUGAUCCACAAAAAGCGUUAGCAAUUAGUUUUCAUGGUGCACCAGGUAUUGGGAAAAAUUAUGUAACGAAAUUUAUUGUUGAAAGUUUUUAUAAACUUGGUUUUAAAAGUAAAUAUGUACAUUUUUAUUAUGGACCCAGUAGAUUCCCCGAAAAGGAAAGGGUUAAAAUUUAUCAGAUGGAAUUAUACAGAGAAAUAAUAACGGCAUUAAAAAAUUGUCCGAAUCAAAUAUUUAUAUUUGAUGAAAUCGAUAAAAUGCCGCGUGGUGUAUUGGAUGCGUUAAAAGUUUUUUUGGAUACACAUAAAUUUAUUGAGCAAGCUGAUGUACGACGUGCAAUAUUUAUAUUUAUUUUAAAUACGGGAGGCAGUGACAUUGUACGAAUUUAUGAAGAUAAGAAAAAUGCUGGUUUUCAUCGAGAGCAAUUAAAAUUAUAUCAUUUUGAACGUGAUUUAUUUAUUGAAUCUUUUAACAAAGCUGGUGGAUUUUUAUUUGCCGAUAUCGUGGAAUCACAUUUAAUCGAUCAUUAUAUACCAUUUUUACCAUUAGAUCGAAAACAUGUAGAAUUAUGUAUCAAAGACGAAUUUCAAUUACGUGGUGUAUAUCGUCCAACAAGUGAUCAAAUCAAAGAAAUUAUGGAAUAUGUUGAUUUUGAUGGACAAUUUGCAUCGGCUGGAUGUAAACGUAUUAGUGCUAAAGUGGGUUCUGUAAUUCGACGAUUUUCUAGACCGUCUGCGGGUGAAUUGUGAUUGAAAUUAAAAUUAGGAAUUGAAAAAACUAAUUGUGCCUCAUAUUUUUAAAGAGUUGGUGGAACGUAGCGAACACAAAAUUGUUUAUAUGAAAUUCCUACCCUUUUACAUUCCGCAUUAUGAAAUAAAAUUAUUUUUAAUUCUGGUAUCUACGAAAACCUUAAAUUUAUAUAUGACUCUUCUAUUUUAUUAUAUUCCUUUGUCAAAAAAGUACUGGGAAUUUUUAAAUAAAACAAAAUUUUCGUUAAAUCACUAACAUUUAAUUUCCGCCCUUAAGAUAGAGUCCAUUUCACGGAAUAUAGUUAGUCCAGUUUUCCAGUCAUCGAAUUAAUUCUUAUAGUUCAGCACUUUCAACGAAUAGUAUUUUAUGGAAUUUAUCCCUCUCAAAAGUAAUUUCAAGAAGAAAACGAAGUCCGGUGAAAACAAUAGUUUGUUUUUAGUAAGUUUUCAUGUACUAAAUUGUUGAAUUGUAGUUCUAUAAUAGGCUUUUGUCUGAAAUUUGAAAAAUUGGUUUAUACGUUACAUUAGCAUCUGAUUUACACCAAAAUAGUGUUAUUUAAAAAAAAAACACUAUUUGCGUUAUCUAUUUUGCAUUUUCAAAAACUUCGAAAACAAAGUAGAAUGUCAUGGCGCCUUGAAUGACAUCACGAUUUGGCAUACAAGCAUGUUUGCGUAUGCAAUUUUAAGCAGUUGUAAUCAAAUAACUUGCUUCGUUCUAUUAAAACGUAAUGUUGUUUAUUUACAUAGCGUUCGUCAUAGCAUGAUGUAAUACUUCCAAGACUUUCUGAUUGGUGUUUGCCGUCACGUGCCUGAAUGCUUAAUUUUACUAAA